CAUCAUCAUCAAAUGGGAGGAGUGCAGGCACCCCAUUGUGUGUUGUAGGUUGUUCGCUAGGAGCGCAUCGCGCUGCAGAUCAAGCAUGGCAGGUGACUGCGAGACAAAGCCAGGUGACCAAGCCGAAAAUGAGAAUAUUAAUCGCCAUCCUUUCCUCAUUGGUGUGGCUGGAGGGACAGCCAGUGGCAAGUCGUCGGUGUGCAGCAAGAUUAUGGAGCUGCUGGGCCAGAACGAGAUUGACCACCACCAGCGGCAAGUUGCCAUCCUCAGCCAAGACAGCUUUUACAGGGUCCUCACCCUAGAGCAGAAGACCAAGGCACUCAAGGGACAGUUCAACUUUGACCAACCAGAUGCAUUUGACAAUGACCUCAUAAUCGCGACUUUGUGGAACAUCAAGGAGGGAAAAACCGUACACAUCCCUGUUUAUGACUUUGUUUCCCAUUCCAGGAAGGAAGAAACGGUGACAGUGUACCCUGCUGAUGUGGUGUUGUUUGAGGGCAUCCUGAUGUUCCAUUCUCAAGAGAUCCGAGAUUUAUUCCAAAUGAAGCUGUUUGUGGACACUGACGCAGAUACGCGUCUAUCUCGAAGAGUGCUGCGUGAUAUAAGUGAACGUGGACGGGACUUGGAAAGCGUUCUAGCACAGUACAUUACUUUUGUCAAGCCUGCAUUUGAGGAGUUCUGUCUGCCAACAAAGAAAUAUGCUGAUGUGAUCAUACCAAGAGGAGUUGACAAUCUUGUUGCCAUAAAUCUCAUAGUUCAGCACAUCCAGGAUAUCUUAAACGAUGGUUUGACCAAACGGCUGAACGUGGAUGGUUAUGGAACAACAAAGAACCCGCCAAACGAUUCCAGCAGUCGGCUCCACUGAGAGCAGCUCUCCCCAAAGAGAGGAAGGAGGGUUUACAGGCACAUGCCAAAUGUGCUCUACCUCGUGGCUAACAAGGCAGGAGUAAUUUCCCAGGGAAUCAAAAAGUAUCUUUUUGGCAUCCUUUGUAGUCUAGUUUUGGGUACUGUAUGAGAUGGAAGAUUUAGAAAUACAAAGGGAAUAACUUGUAAUUUAAUAAAAAAAACUGCUGCUUGCCUUUACCACAGCACUGAAACUACUUAAAUACGUUUUUGUGUCUAAAAAAAAGUUUCAACACAUGCCAGCCUUUAACCAUAUAAUAAAUGCAGUGUAGCAACAUACUGUUUUACAGUGUUACCCUAUCUCACUACUGUUAAAGGCUAAUUCCCUUUGUCAAUGCAACUUGACACAUUUUUUUCUAUUGCUGUAUAUUUUUACUUAUUUUGAAAUGUACUAACAGACGGAAAUUGUGUUUGAUUCAUGUUGCCCCUAGCUGCACUUGCUUUGUCUUGUCUAAAACUAACAAACUAAGUUAUUAGUCAAAUAAAACAAUCAAUUCCCACCUCACAUUAUCUUGAUGUAUGGCAUC